GUUAGCAGAAAUACAAGAACUCUUUUAACUUCGUCAAAUCAAAGCCGUUUCUUCUCCAUGAGAGUAAGAUGGUGAGCUCAUGUGGUGGUGAAUCUCCUGCUCCGACCAACUCCUUCCUUUCCUUUCUCUCGCAUUCAUGGCAAUCAGGCACCUGCGAUUCCGAUGAAGCCUCUCGAUUUCUGAGGAACUACGCUGCUUGGGAGCUGAAUGCGUUUCUCUGGAUUUCUCUCAUCGGAAUCACUUCGCUUCUCACGCAGAAGCUAUUUAAGCUUUUCAAUUUAUGGAUUCAGGCUCGGCGGAUCCCCGGACUUCCUUGCCCCUCCUUCUACGGCCACUCCAGUCUCAUCUCCCGGGAAAGUCUUACCGACCUGUUAUCGGAUUCUCACCGGAGAUAUGGAUCAGUGGUGAAGCUAUGGUUAGGUCCGACUCAGCUUUUGGUGUCAAUAAAGGAUCCAAAACUUAUCAAAGAGAUGCUUAUGAAGGCGAAGGAUAAACUUCCUUUAACCGGAAAGGCUUUCCAGUUAGCGUUUGGACAAUCAAGCCUCUUUGCUUCCUCUUUUGAUAAGGUGCAAAAGAGGCGAGAUUCACUGACAAAUGAAUUGAAUGGAAGAUUGCUUGAGAGAGCAAACGUUAUGCCUACCAAGGCUAUGGACUGUAUCAUGGAAAAAGUACAGCAGAUCAUGCGCAAAGGGAGUGUUGACUGUAAAAUGGUUUCUCAACAUAUGGCCUUUACCAUGCUGGGAGCUACACUCUUUGGAGAUGCAUUCUUGGAUUGGUCUAAGGCAGCUUUAUAUGAAGAACUCCUCAUGCUGAUUGCCAAGGAUGCUUUCUUUUGGGCCUCAUAUAAUGUUACUCCCUUCUGGAAACAAGGAUUUUGGAGGUAUCAGCAUUUAUGUACAAGGUUAAAGUCCCUGACCCAAGAUAUUGUUCAGCAGUGCAGAAAAAAUUACAAGAUUUUUUGCUGUAUGAACCCAAGCUCCAAUAAUCAAACUGUUGAAAGUGGAAUGGAAACUACUUCUGGUGCACCAUCUUGUUCUGGUAAUGUAGUACAGGAUAACCUUUCCAUGCAAGGGCUUAACAAUCAUCUACAUGCAAGAGAAGAACCAUGUGGCAAUAUUAUGGGUGUGAUGUUUCAUGGAUGUUUAACAACAGCAGGCUUGAUCAAUAAUAUGUUGGCAAGGCUUGCUACACAUCCAGAAAUACAGGAUAAGAUUCAUUCAGAGAUAAUGUCAAAGAAAGGUUCUGUGAAGGGAGAUCAACAUAAUGUUGAUACGAUGCCUUUGUUAUUGGCAACUGUUUAUGAAUCUGCUCGGCUUCUACAAGCAGCACCUUUACUACAGAGAUGUUCUCCGGAACAUGAUUUGAGGCUUCUGUCUGGAGUAAUCAUACCUGCUGGAACAGUGCUUGUUGUCCCUGUACAGUUGGUGCAGAUGGAUGAUUCUAGCUGGGGGACUGAUGCUGGUGAAUUUAAUCCCUAUCGCUUUCUUUCAAAGACUGGAAAAAAUUCUGAUUCAGUGCAGAAGAGUACGUUAUUUGAAGAGGGCGCUGAAGAACUUUUGGAUCAUGGACGGUGUUCAUUUGUUUUUAACCAUCCGGACAACAAUGCAGCUUUUCUUCCUUUUGGUUCUGGUACACGUGCCUGUAUUGGGCAGAAAUUUGCAAUUCAAGCAGUGGCAACACUAUUUGCAUCAUUGCUUGAACAAUAUGAGGUGAAACUUCUGCCUGGCUUGGAAACCCCCUCAACUACAAUGAAAAACAGCUCUGUUAUUAAAAAAUUUCCUAGUCCAGAGAUAGUUUUUGUUGGAAGGAACACCUGAAAAGGUGAAGAAACACAAGAUCAUUGUCUAGUGGGAAUUGUUUCCACUGUGUUGGUGUUGUCAAGUCUAGUGUUUUUGAUGGAGGAGGCAUCUCAUCAAAUAUGUUUUUCCACCACAAUUGUUGGGGAAUUUCUUUUUUCUGUUCCUUAGCUAUCCGAGGGAAGGAUAUUACAUGAGUCCAUGUAUCCUACAUCUCAUGUUUUUUUCCUCUCUGGCUCCGGUGCUGUCUUUGAUGUCAUUACAAGAUUUUUAGUAUUGUUUUAAAAGCACAGUCGGCCUGUGUUUGCGGUGGUGCUUCCGACGCUUGUCUUCUCCAUCUUUGAACUUUACUUUAGACUCUUACUUUUUCCUCCUGAAAGGAGUUUGUGUUGUAUUAUAAUGUUACCCAAAUAUAUAGCAGCACUGUACAACCUUUAACUGUUUUGUGUCACAGUAUUUUCUCCCUUCUUUUUCUGUCUUAUGACUCCAUGUGCUUCGUAACAAUUUUUUUUAAGUGAAAUACAGAUUAUAUUAAAAG